CGCUGUGAGUCCGAGCUGAUCAAGAAUUCUGGCUCUCUGGUACCUCCAGCUGUGCCAGGGAGUUCACUCCGGCUGAUUUCGUGUCCACACUGCUCCCUGUGGCCUCUCCCCUCCAUGGCCCUCCUGGCUCUCACCCUGGCACUGCUGGCAAUGACCGUGGCCACCACGGUCAUUGAGGAAAAGCCCCUGGACAUGGCCCCGGACUCCUUUGAUGACCAGUACCAGGGCUGUGGCCCUGACAUGGAUGGGGCAUUGCCAGCCCUGAGCCACGCUGAGUUCCAGAAGAAUCCUCUGUUCGCCCAUGUCUGGCCAAAGGCCGAGGCCGAGUGGCAGAGGCAGGUGGACCGUGAGUCCUGUCUGUCCAGAGACCAGGCCGUUGCCAUGAUCACCUACACCAUGGAUGACCUACACAAGGAGUUCAAUGACCAAGUGAGAGUGGCUGGGUGCUCCCACCAGGAAUACCAGGACAAUUUCCAAUUCAAAACGCUGCAUUUCCUGCUGACCGAUGCCCUGACCACAUUGAGGGACACUCAGGAGCAGCAAUGUCACUGUGUGUUGUGUGGGGUGGACAAGUACAAGUUCAAGGCAAAUGUUGGCGACAUCGUCCGGUUUGGUCAAUUCGUGUCAUCCACGCUUUGUGAAAGUGACAUUCAUGAUUUUGGGAAUACCACGAUGUUCAAAGUGCAGACGUGUCACGGUGCAUACAUCGAGGAAUUCUGUAGAUAUCCCUAUAAGGAUGUGGUGUUGAUCCCACCCUUCGAGAAGUUCAACGUGACCAAACUCACCGAGGGCAAGGAGAACGUGUGGAUUGAACUCGACUCCAUUGGGACCUUCAGCAAAUACAACUGCGAGUGGCUGAGAGGCGGAAGUGUCCCCAGGGGCCCCUGCCACAUUGGAGAACUCCUCCUGGCCACCACAGCCCUGGCAGUUACCACUGGGAUCCUCUGA